AGGACCCAAAGCGAGCGAGGGGGGAGGGAGACGCACACACACACACGCACACACACACACACACAGGUCGACCGGACGCUAUUUUACUGCAAUAAUAAAAGAAGCAAAGACGGACCCAGCCAUCGCUACAGUCUGAGAGACCGUGCGACCAUGAGCUCCACGGGGCGUCCGUCCGCUCACCCGCAGGACGGGGCAGAGAUCGACAGCGUCAAGGAGUCCAUCAGUGACAUCAUCAACCAGCUGCAGGACAUCGACCCAGCGCGGCUCUCCUUCUCCCCCUUCCUGGACCUGGACACCCAGAUCUCGCUGGCGCCCGUGUCGGACAGCCCCGAGUCCUCGGUGGAGGAGCUCCACUCCUCACCCCACUCCGUGACCGGGUCGCAGCGGUCACUGGAACCCGGGACCGGACCCUCAGCCGAUACGCACAGAGACGACGACAGCCGGCCAGACGACAGCGGGACGACGCGUCGGGAACAGGGAGUACCGGAGGGGGGGGGGGAUCUUUCCAGCGUCGUUGCCACGACGGCGCACACUUUGGAAGACGCCUCGGAAAACCGCGUCCACCCCCCCCACGCUGGCGAGGGCCGGCCCCUGCUCGACGCGCCCCCCGGCACCGUGGAGCUGGCCGUCUGGAUGGAGUCGGGGGGGCGCGGCCAGGGCUGCGAGGCCGUCGUCGUGGCGACGGACGCGUUGCCGCCGGGCGGCCGGCGCUGCUGCCGCCGGGGGGGCCGUGGCCCCGCCCUGGGCGCCGCCGUGGCCUCGCUGGUGUGCGCCGCGGGGAUCCUCUAUGCACUCUAUUUCCACGUCCCCCUCAAGGCCCCGCGCUGCCCCGACCUGGGCAGCCGCCUCGUCUUCACCCUGGGCUGCUGCCUGGUGGCCUCCCUGCCCGUCCUGCUGGCGAUGCUCUCCGGCUGGGUCUGCCAGUUCUGCAGCGGCUCUCUGGAGCCCGCGGAGCCCUCGUCCAGGCGACGGGCCCUCCAGAGGCUGUUUGUCUCCUCCUCCCUGGAGCUGCUGCUCCUCUACGCCCUCAACCUCCUCCUCAUGGCCUCGCAGCUCCCCCAGAGGGACCUGCACCUGGUGCCCACCGCCGCCGCCAUCUUCUUCCUGGGAAGACUCGUCUACUGGGCCAGUCUCCACGGCUGCCCCACCUGGCGGGCCUUCGGCGCGGGCCUGACCACCUUCCCCCUGCUGGCCAUGGUGGCUCUGAACCUCUUCUUCCUCUACAACCUGGGCCUGGAGUACCCCGCCUUCCGUUCGCAGGACCUGCUCCUCAACCAGGACACGCCCUCUCUGUGGUCGCCGGGGGCGACAGCCCCCAAGCCCAACGCCACCCUGGACAAUAUGUGAGGAGGAGGAGGAAGGGAGGAGGGCGAUGAUGAAGAAGGCGGGGGAUGAAGGAGAAGAAGAAAGAGAGAGGAGGGAGAGGGACUCUCUUUGUGCUUUUUGAAGGAGGAGAUCCUUCUAGAAAUAGGCAAUUUCUGUGGUCUGCAGGCCGGCUUUGGGGGCGGCCAUGACCGACCGACCUCGGAGCUCCUGCGACGGCUGUCUGCUUUGGCGUACACAGGACCUUCUCUGUUCUUAAUGUGGAUUCCUGCUUAUUAUCUGAAGCGCCGCGAGAGUCCUCUUUUUUUUCUCUCGCUCUUGCUUGUGGCCAAAAAAAAAAAAAAAAAAAGCCCUUGAACUCCAAAGUUCUAGUCUUAAACGUUUGUCCUUUUAAGCCAUUCCAGUAACUAUAUUUAAUGUUUUGAACUCGUAAGCGCUUCAGAGCUUUUGCUUUUUUUUAUACGGAUUCAUUUGGUUCACUGGCGGAAAACCUUUCUUAUGAGGAAGCGUAUUUUUUAUCGUGCCAAACUUUUUGUAAAUGAAAUAAUGAUGAUAAGAAUAAAGGCCAUUACUUUGACAAGUUUACAGUUUAUGACAGUUUUAUAUGUAAUUUUCCCCAAUGUCUACAGUUGACGUGUAAUAUGGAGCGAGAUGUUAAACCCCUACCUGCUCAUCAAUAAUCAAACUAUAAUAUGCCUCCCAGCUCUUGAACAAUGGCCACAGAGUAACCAGUUCAUGGUCGGCAUUCCCAACACCAGUUACUGAUCUUCUACGCCAGAAGACGACCCUUUUCUCCCUGACUUCCCCCGCUGUUAAGAAAUGCCCCACCAGAGGAAAACCCGAGCCCCAACGUACUCCCAUGAGGCUGCAGCCCUGUUGCCUAGCGCUGGGCUAGCAGCCCUGUUGCC